AUGAGUGACCGGGAAAGCACUCCAACCGCGCCUCGGCGGUCCGGACGAGAAAGAAAACCCAUAAAGCGAUUCUCAAAAGGCACUGGGAACAAAGCAAACGAUAAUAAUGCGGGAUCAGAACUAAAUGGUGGGCAAAAUACUGCGGAUCACGAUGAUUCAGACGCGCCUAGUGGCGACGAAGACAUGGACGAGCCCGACUAUGUUGCGCCAAAGGCUCCGACGCGUGGAACGCGUAGAGGACGUGGUAAAGGGCGUGCUGCUACCACUACAUCUCGUAAGAGGAGAGUUGAUAAGGAUGAAGAGCCCGUGGACGGCGCAAAGCUCGCUAGAGACGCAAAGAUAUCCGACGACAGCGCUCUUUUCAACUUAAUUCUGAGCCCCGCAACUGCUCUGCAAGAUAGCGUCGACAACUUCCUUGAACUGUUCGACAAUACCCCGGAGAAGGCCCUUGCAGAUUUGAUAAAUUUUGACGCACUAGACGAAUUUACCGAGGGCUUUAAAACAGAAACUAUGCCCGCAUACCCAAUUGUCUCCAAAUCCCCGGCCUUUCGAAAGUUUCGAAAGUCAUUGGCAGAGUUUUUCACGCGGCUAAUGGUGACAUCAGCGGAAGCUGGAUCUCUCUAUGCAUCGGACCUCAUGCCUACCCUACAAGCCUGGCUCGUGCCUCUUUCCUCUUCUCAAGUUCGAAGCUUUCGCCACACAGCAACCGUAGUGGCCCUCUAUCUUGAGACUGCUUUAUGUCAGAUCGCGGCAGGCGUUGACAAGGAGAUUCAGACGCUCAGUCGACAGAAGGAGGGAGAGAGAGGCAAAAAGGCUGCGAGAAGCAAAGCUCGAGAGCAAGAUUUGGAGACAAGGAUCAACGAGGUUACCUCCCGAAGGAAUCAGCUCAAGGAGUACCUGAACGACAUCUUCAACUCAGUGUUUGUCCAUCGCUCCCGCGAUCAUGAUGCCGCCAUACGGGCUGAUUGCGUCCACGAACUCGGAGUGUGGUUUGUUAAGCACUCCACCUAUUUUCUCGAAUCCGGCUUUCUUCCUUACUUGGGCAAGACACUAUCCGACAACAGCACCGCGGUCAGAUUGGAAGCCGUCAAGUCUAUCGACUGCCUGUAUUCCAAAGAUUAUACAGCUGCUGUGAAUCACUUUACACAAACCUUCAAGCCUCGGUUCAUCGAGAUGGCGACAUCGGAUAUCGACCUUUCCGUCCGUCUUGGUGUGAUCCAGGUUCUUUUAUCCAUUGACCAGCUCGCGCUUUUGGAAGACGAAGAGAGAGAUAAGCUCUGCCUCCUUAUCUUCGCCCAAGAUGUGCGAGUGAGGAAGGCAGUUGCUCCUUUUGUUCAGAGAACAUGGGCGGAAGAAGUCGAGCAGCAUCUGGUUGGUCGUCCCAUGACUGGCAACAGGGCUGGAAAGGAACGACAAAGGGCAGGUGCCAAGUGCCUUUCCCAACAAUUCAUCAAAUGGUCCCAAGCCCUCGACAAGGAGAAGACUCGACGAAAGUCUCAGGAUGAUGAGCCUAGCGAAUCAGACGCCGAAGGCGAGACCACAGUAAAAGACGCAGUUCUACGGGAAUUCGCGCUAGACAAGUCAAGCUACGACCGAAUUGGCCUCGCCGUCGAUGCCCUCUGGGAGGAUAUGGAGUACAUUCGCCGUUGGAACGGGAUACUAGACCUGCUUCUUAUGGAUCAUACAAACGAAGUGGAAGCAUCCGAGUCACCCUCAAGGAAGCGACGACCAGGCCUUCGCAAAGAAGAUAGCGUUGUCGAACAUGUAUGGAGGCUGACAGAACAGGAGGAAGAUAUCCUGUUACAUGUUCUCGUUGCUGCCUUGCGGCGAGCGACCGAGGACGCGAAAUCGAGACCCAAAGGAGAAAGAUCGACUGACCCUGAUGACGAGGAAGCAUCAUUGGAUGAUGUUACUCUCGCCCUUAUCAAAGCCUUGCCGACCCUAUUUGUCAAACACCAGACAGAUGUGACAAAAAUCUCCAAGGUGCUCAUCAUCCCUCAGCUGAUGAAUAUUGGGAUGUACCUCGAAAUGAGGAUGAUCACGGCGUAUGAAGCUCUCUGGGACGAUAUCAGCAAGCAAUUUCUCACGCACUCUUCUCACGAUGUCAUUCGACAUUCUGUGCUUGCGAUGAAGCACAUGUUCCUAGCAACCAGUCUGCAGAAUACCAAUAGGAAGAAGCUGGGAGAAUUAGAAGAGGAAAUGUCAAUGGCGAUAAAACUACUCGCUGGCAGUGGCAAGAAUAGCCUCAAGCAACUCGCGACCAAGACUUUCGACGAGGAUUCGCUACACGCUGCGGGGCUCACAGUCUACCGGAUUUCAACCCUACUCUCUGUCAAAGACCUUGUACCAUGGCUCGAGGACAAUGACUCUGGCAAAGGAAUUCGACCACUUGACGUAUUUAGCGCGCUUGUCGAACGUGCCAAGCUUGGCCACCAGCGUGAGGAUAGGCUCAUAGAACAAGCAAUAUAUGUUCUAUUCUCUUUCAUUCUCUGGAAGUCACACUCGAUUUCGGCUGUGGAUCUCUCAAGUGCAGAAGGUCACGCUUUACAACAAUCUAUCAAACAGCAACGUGAUCCCAUCAUUGAAAUGUUGAUUGAGUAUCUCGUUGGGGAGAAUAGUCAAGUCACGAAAAAAGUCAAGCAAGCUGCAUUCUUGACCAUCAUUCGUUUGCACAUGGUCUUUGGACCCAGCAGCUCUCACCCAGACCUUCAUAUCGAGAUGGAAGAACAAACCCAGCAUCGACUCGCCGGGUAUGUUCAAGCGGUCAUUGACGAGUACGCAGAAGAGUUAGAGGAAAUCGGAGACCAAGAUAGCACGGAUGGUGACAGUGACGUUGAGAUGGAUGAAGAAAACAAGAAGAAGCGACGUAAGACUGUGAAGAAAAACAAAGAGGUCAAUGGUCAGCCAGAAGAAUUGUCGAGCUCAAGGCUCGAAAAGGACUAUGUUUUCCACUCAUUACUCGCGCCUUUCAUACAAGCCAUACGAACCGAAACGAUUUCAUUCGAACAUUCUUCCAUCAUUCUCGCUCAUUAUGGACGCUUCGGCGAUAUGUAUGACCAACUCGCUCGAGUACUGGUUGAAAUGCUCCGAACUCGAUGGCAACAAGGUGAUGGACAAGAAGUAACCUCCGUGGUUCAGCGGGCCAUGCGCGAGGCGUUCAUGUUGCGAAUAAACGAUCGCGUUGAAUCGGAAGACCCUGCUCUUUCCCUUUCGCGUCUCCUCGCUUCCCACUUCAUCGUUCGAGGAGCUCAUCUAGCUGUGCUAGGCCGACUACCGAAUCCUCAUCUCAUGGAUAUGCAUACAUACCUUAUCGAUUUCCUUGUCAAGAAAGCAGGAGAGUCCCAAGAUGACGACGCUCAGCUCGCAUCGGUCGCUUCGUUGUUCCGCGCCUUGGCCCAUCUCGUUCCCACGGGCACACCCCCACAAGAGUCUCUGAAACUGAAAUCGCACCUCGAAAAUGCCCUGGACAAAGCUGGCGUUAAUGCCAUCGGUACAGAUACGAUCUGGGAUGGCCUUCGGGUGUAUGAACGAAAACUUGUCAAUGCUCCAAAGGAAAAAGCCGCUACGGGUAGGAAGCGAGGCAAAGGGAAGAAGGGUGCCAUGUCAGAAGACGAGCAAGUGGAGAACGCACUUACAUCAGAAGAUGAUGGCGCCGGCGUACCAAGACGCCAGAACACAAGAACGCGGCCGAUGCGUAGUCGCGCUGCCAAAAGCAAGGCGUCUGACCAGUCUGCUGCCUCGAGUGAAGCCGAAUCAGAGGCUCCUGCCCCAUCCGGUAGGCGUAAACCGCGAAGGGAUGCCACUCCAGACAACUACGAUGCCGAAGAGCCUGAAGAUCUUCCAGUCAUUCUCAAUGGCUCCCCUCCGCGAAGUCCUCCAAAGUCCUCUCCUUCAAAGGUAUCAAGCAAGAAGCGAGUACAUGAGGGCGAUGUGGUUACCACCCCACUCUCACAGAAGAAGAGGAAAGAACCAGACGUUCCGCCGCCAGUGGAUGAUGAUUCUGAGGAAGAUUUCAUCGGACGAAAGUUCAAAAGAGUCAAACGGUGA